AUGAAUUCUUCCACAAACAAUCCCAACUAUUCCUCAUCGUCAAAAUAUAACCUCCCUAAGUUUAGCAUCAACCCGACAUCACGAGUAUCUUCCGCACAUCUAGCAGCUGCAGUAGAUACUUCGACGACAUUCAUAAACACCAACGAUACCACGCGUUCUGUUUCGUCUUCAUCUUCUAUGGUAAGCACUCCGAGCAACAACAUACGACGUUUCCGCCAACGACAAGAUAAAGUGAACUAUGGGAACACUAACAAUGCCAGUAAUAGUAAUAGCGGUAAGGUGCUUUCUCUGAAAUCGUCUCGCAAUGGUCGUUUGAUCAAAUCGAAGUUGUUGAAUUUGCACCAGCUGCUGAAGCAAAAAACGACAUGGAAGUACCACCCCAACAAAUCCGUGCCGAGUUUCAUAAUUCGCAAACCUAUAAAUAUGAAUGGCUAUGACUAUUCAGUUUUCACAAAUUACCCGACGGAAAUAGACCUCCAGCACGGCGAACAUUUACCACCGGCCAUAAAGGAAUCCCAGAUAAAGUCAUGGGAACUGGCCGAAAGGAUCAGUACCAAUGUGAUCUUUGGCAAUUCGAGUGAAUCUGAAGAUGAUAUCGAUGAACUUGAUGAAGACGAACAUACGGAAGCUAGCAGGUCUAGCAAAGUAAAUCUGCGUAAAAACAACGUGAUCCAGGCGAUCCCGGGCUAUACUCGUGGAGAAUUGGAUAUCAUCCAGAGCAGCUAUUCCAGUUUACAGCACACUAGUGUUUCCAGCAGUAGAAGCAACACUGAUACAAAGCAUCUACUCUAUGAGUACAAGAAACAGGUGCAAAUGAACCAGGAAAGGCUUUUUUCCCAGGCUCAUUCUGUCUCUACUAGAAGGCAGUUGCAAAUCAGUCAGAAGAAAGAAGUCCUUCAGCGUCUAUUUGGCUACAGCAACUCGUUGAACCAGGAGUAUAUUACCAACAACUCGUCCUAUUCGUCUAUUGACAAUACGGCCAAUCUACAGAAAAUUUUCCAUGAAGACAGAGACGAAAUCAAGUCGCUCUUAGACGAAGAAAGAGCCUCGCUACAGGCUCUAGAAGAAACAAAACUUUCCUUGCGAGAUCUAAAGAACAGUUCCAUCGGUAGCAAUAUCAAGCAUAAAAGAAGAAGAGGCUCUAAUAUGAACAUGAACACUACAGAUUUUGACUACGAUAAGUUCCACAGCGUGACAUCUCGUAAACUUGACAAACUCUACGACGGCUAUUUGGCUGAACAUGAUUUGGCUGAACACCUGCCGUCUUCAAGUCGCGCCUUAGAGGAAGACGAUGACUUGGACGCCAGCAGCAUUAAUGAAGAGUUGCAACUAUUUACGUUAUCUUUUCUCCGAAAGUGUAUCAAAAACGAAGUGGACGACGGGUAUAACCAGGACGAUUUCUAG